AUGAAAAUUCUAUUAUCAUUUGGAGCUGAUAUCAAUGUACAAGAUCUUGAUGGGACAACACCUCUCUAUUAUGCGGCAAAGAAAAAUGAUGCAGGAAAAGUACAGCUUCUUAUUUCGCAUGGCGCUAAUAUCAAUAUUAAAGAUCGUAUCGGAAUAACACCACUUCAUUAUGCGAUAUUAGAAAAUAUUAUAAAUAUAGUGGAACUUCUUAUUUCACUUGGUGCUGAUAUAAAUGCAAAAGAUCAUGAUGGGAAAACACCUCUCCAUUAUGCUACAGUCAACAGCAAUUCAGAUGUAAUAAAAAUUCUUAUUUUACGUGGUGCUAAUAUCAAUGCAGAAGAUUACAACGGGAAAACAUCACUGCAUUAUGCUGUAAGCGAAACUUUUUCAGAUGUAAUAGAACUUCUUAUUUCACUUGGUGCUGAUAUAGAUGCGAAAGAUCAUGAUGGGAAAACACCACUUCAUUAUGCUGCAAUCAAAAAUAGAUCAGAUGUUAAAGAACUUCUUAUUUUCCACGGUGUUGAUAUCAAUAUUAAAGAUCAUUAUGGAAAAACACCUCUACAACUGCCAUACAAAUUAACUUAUUGA